CUCAGCACCAUGUUGGUUAGCCAGCUGCUCUUGCCUGUGUACAUCCUUACCUUCCUGAUUGGGCUUCCUGCCAACAUCCUCGCAUUCUGUACCUUCUGCCGCAAAGUCCACCGCAAACCUGCCCCCAUUGACAUCCUCCUACUGAACCUCACAAUCUCUGACCUCAUCUUCCUCACCUUCCUGCCCUUCAAAAUGAAAGAAGCUAAUGAUGACAUGAUUUGGAAGAUGCCAGACUACCUGUGCCCCCUCAGCAGCUUUAUGUUCUUCUCUACUAUUUACACCAGUACAUUAUUCCUGACAGGAGUUAGCAUUGAACGAUUCCUGGGUGUUGCUUUUCCAAUUCAAUACUCUGUUUACCGUCGGCCAUGCUACGCUGUGAUUGCCAGCCUAUUCUUCUGGCUUGUUGGCACCCUGAACCUCAGCAUUGUUUACAUUGUGCCGUUUUUGCCUUCAAUGAACAGCAGCGAUGGUCACAGUCCAAACUGGAGUAUGAGGCCACCCUCAGAAAUGAAAUGCUACAAUAACUUUAGCCAAGAGCAACUCAGUAUUCUGCUACCAGUGCGUCUGGAGAUAUUUGUGGUGCUCUUCUGCAUUCCCUUCCUUACCUGUGGCUUCUGCUACAUCAAUUUUAUUCAAAUUCUCUCCCAUUUGCCUCACAUCAGUCGGCGCCGCAGGCUAAGGGCUAUCGGACUGGCCCUGGGAACUCUGUUGGUGUUUGCUGUGUGUUUCGGACCCUAUAAUGCCUCACAUGUGGUUGGGUUUGUCCGAGAAGAGAGUGAGAAUUGGCGAGAACUGGCUUUGAUCUUCAGUACUUUAAAUGCCUGCCUAGACCCCAUUAUCUUCUACUUCUCAUCUGCAGCAGUACGAAGUGCAAUCCGUGGCUUUGUGAAAAGGAUGAAGGAGAAAAGUCAUGUACUGAAGUGCAAUAAGAGGCAGUGUUGCCCUAUGCUGGUCUCUGAGACUGAGAAAUGUAGAGACACACUUCCACCCAACAACCAGAGCCAUUCCUUAGGACAACUGGAAUUAGCAGGUGCUCUAUAG